CAGCCCUUCCAUUCAUAAGAAGAAAAGAAAAGGAAAGGGAAGAGAGAGAAAAGAAAGGAAAAAAAAUACUAGCUUACAAGCUUAUGUUAAUACUAAUUAUACUGAGUUCAGUUAAAUGCACUGUUAAAACGAGCUUUAGCUGCAGAAAAGCAUUGCCAUAAGUAAUUUUCUUUUUGCAGCAAGGCGUUUACACUUUUAGACACGACGACGCUCCUUUGCGUUACGUUUUACAUCGACUCUGAAGGGAAACCCUGGAUCUGCUGCAGGCAGUAAAAAGUCAUUCAGAUUGUAUUUAACAGGCUGCAGUCGACUCAAUUUUUCCGACGACUUCAGGCUCCAAAGGAGCGCAGCCGCACGCGCACAAGCACGUACAGACACACACGGACUGCUCUGUCCUCCUUUGUUUCUCAAGCCAGUUUGGAGAUGCUCUGCUGGACUGUGAGCAGGGCCUGGCUCUGCUUAUCCUGCUGCUUUUUGCCUGUUAUCUGUUCCCUGGCAGAGGACCCAGGACCAGCAGGUCCUCUUCCUACUUUCCGCUCUGAGCAAGCAUCAGGUGAGCCAGACCUAGAGGACUGGGAAUGGGGCUCUGGGUCAUCUCUUCUGCACUUGCUCCAAAGUUUCCCUGGUGACAGCCCCUUUGUAACAGAGACUCCAGAAAAACAAGUCAACUGCACACAGCGUUUCUGGUUGCCACCAUCCCCUCCGAUCUGCUGGGAAAACAUAGCAGGACCUGUUGAGUUUGCCAAGUCUCGUCUGCUUGUUCUGCAGAAUAGAGCUGCCCUGCAGGCUGUGUCCACCUCCAGCGGGGUGGAGGAGGAAGGAAUCUCUUAUAACCAUCAAGCCAGAGAAGAGGUGCAGGGUAUCCGCUCAGACCACCAGAGUGUGGUAGAAACAAUGCAAACAAUGGAGACUGUGUUUGUCUCUCUGAAGGAGAAGAGGAAAGAGGGAAAGGAGCAAGGGGUCCUCACAAGCCUGAAGGAGCGCCUUUCCAGUACAAGGGACGCUAUAGAUGGAAGAGGACACAUGGCAGACCACCUGGAGGAGCAGUUUUCUACUUUAGAGAAGACUCUGCUCAAUAUUCAGCUUCGACUCAGCAAACUCAUCCAACAGUGAGAGUUGGACACUUCUUAUUUAAACAGUAUUUAUAUACAAACCUUUUGUAGAAAAAUGUAGCCAGUGCAUGCAUCCUCAUCCUCGUUUAGUUUGAGAGAAAACAUAUUUAAUAUCCAUCUUAUGUCAGAGGCUCACCUGCCUAAGCAAAAUCUGUGACCUGGAAUCAGCUGUUAAGGUGAACAUGUUGCUGUUUGUAAGCGUCUACCAUAUGGAGAUUUUUAUGGUCUUAUUAAACCUCUAGUAAAACUGCAACACACUUGUGAAAUUGUGAAGAGAUUGAGUGAGUUGUCAGCCUUCACAAUGGUAAUUUCACACCUAUCUCUUUAUGAUCGAGGCCAUAAAUGAUAUUCAGUACAGCACCAAUCUUUAUUUUCAUAUCAAAUCUAAAUCACAGAUUUGCAAAUACAACAAAAGGAUGCUUUUUUUAACUUGUAUACAUUUUAAAAACUCACAUCUAGUGGACUGAAUGUGAAUUUUAAUUUGGGAAGAGCAUUUUCAGUGGCUUUCUAGUUACACUGGAGAAACAGAGGUAUUUGAACUUUAGAUUAGUUCAAACAACUUUCAAGUAUUUAUGAGCUAAAAAAAAUACAUUUCUUAAAUAUGUUUAGCAAAUAAUAAGUAACGUCUGCAUUUUAGAUUUUGAAAUGAAUGUCAGUAUCUCUAAAACAAUGCAUCCACGUCAAUCAUGUUUUAAAGGCAGUAGUAACUCAGGUGCUGAGACAUCUGUGCUCCAGCUGUGUGGAAUGGAUUUCCAGGUACUGGUCUUUUAUGUGGAAUUCACCUGCAGGCUGUUAAGAGAAAAACAUUUCACUCCUGGUCCAGGCAAAACAUGCAUUAAAUUUAGAUUCUGCCACCAGAAAACCCUCAGACAAUCAGCUGUAGUGGCUAAAAUGCAAACUCAUACCAACUGCCUUAUCAGCUAUGGGAGAACUUUAACCCAAAAAAAAAAAAAAAGUAAUCACUUUAAACAGAAAAUCCAUUCUACAGAAAAUCUAAGGUCUGACUGAGUUGCAGUUAGUCUUAUUCUGCUCUUUUUAAACCAAUGUCACACAUUUUAUUUGCUCCGAAACAAUCUUGUUACCUAUAUUCUUAAGACCCUGUGUCCCAUUUUCUUUGCAUUUGAUCUCUGAGUCUUCACUUGAUUCUCUGGAUUUACUCUCAGUUCAGUGUCCUCUGAUUUUGACCUACACCUCUACAUGAACUUACUGAAGCACAGAGGGAGAUCAAAGUGUCUUUUCUGAAAGUCACGCAGCUCUCAGUGAAAGGCAGGACAUGUACAUGUGAUCACAUCUGUCCAGACAGGAAAGUCGUUUUCUUCUUAAAAAUCUGCUUCCUCUUCUUGCAUUUGCUCCAAAGACUUGAGGUAAUCUUGAGCCAAGAUCUUCUUUGGCAAAAUAUCUGUCAGGUAAAAGAAAAAAAAAUAAAAGUUAUGGUGCAUUAAUACUGUCUUCUGAAUACAUUUCCAUAGAUUAUGCAAAAAAUGGCUCAUUUUUCCUGGAUUAGCCGUGGCUGACCAAAGCAAUCUCACUGUAAAGAUUGACUUUCCAGUAGCAACAGCAAAAA